CCAGUGCCAAUUUGAGAAAACCGUGAAGUGUUUAUUGAGCCCCAGGACAGAAAUUCACUGCCUACCUAGCAGGAAAAGGCAAAACUUCUGAGAAGUCAGCCUGCUCAAAUCGUGGAACCCAAAGGCCUUCUAUAUGUCCAGCAGAGAGAAUUUGCAGUGACUACCCCUAAAGAUGGUUCUGUUUCCAUUCUUGGAUCAGAUGAUGCAACUACCUGCCACAUAGUUGUGCUCCGACACACAGGCAGUGGAGCUACCUGCUUGACACACUGCGAUGGAUCAGACACAGAAGCUGAGGUGUCACUCAUCAUGAGUUCAGUAAAAUCUUUCUCUAACACCGCAGGAUAUGGAAGGCUGGAAGUGCACCUAGUUGGAGGUUUCAAUGAUGAUAGGCAGUUAUCACAAAAACUUACUAAUCAGCUUCUUAGAGCAUUCGAUCUCCAACCAGAUGAUGUUCAUUUAGUGACUUUCUGCGUAACAGAACUAAAUGACAGAGAAGAAAAGGAUACUCACUUUCCAAUCAUUUAUGGAAUAGCUGUGAAUGUUAAAACAGCAGAGAUUUUCCCUGCAACCUUCCCAGAAAAAGGGCCAGAUGAGGAUUUGCGUUCAGCCCAUGUUUUAACAGGAGCAACACUGACUAACAUUUACGAUGCAAAGUUGGAACAACUACAUAUUGGGCCUUAUUUCUGGAGGCCUUUUCCACAUGUGGAUUUCUGGUUGGAACAAGACGAUAAACAGAUUUUACAGAAUCUUUCCACAUCGCCCCUGGCUGAGCCACCCCACUUUGUUUCCCACAUUAGAUCUACAUUAACAUUUUUGAAAGAACAUCCCUUUCCAUCCCGGUCUCUGUUUCCUGACAGGAAACCUCGCAUCUACAAAAAAAAUGAAGAAGGGUUGUGGGAACAGGUUUGUUCUGACAAGAUCUAACCUGGAACCAAACACCGCAACUGCUUUAGGGAAGUAUAGUCUUGCAAGAAGAGCAAGUUGUUACAAAAAGUGUAUUGCAGGUCACAAAUACAGUUGUUCCUGUGCUUUUCAAAAUAAAGUAUUUUGACAGAAG